GCGAGAGGACAGUAGCUGAACCUUCUCCGCGUGAGUUCCUCAGGUCUAUACGGUUAGAGUAGUACCUGCGCGGGCUGUUGGAUACUUCAUGUCAGUUCAGUGCGACGCGCGGGCUAAUUUCCAAUCAGGAUCCAAACAGCAGGCAGCCACGGCUUCUCCAAAUACGCCGGUCAAAUCGCGGAAACAAACGAGACAUCUGUAAACACGUGUUCCCAAAGUGUAAGGUGUCUCUGAGCAGGUGAAUUGAUUCAGCUGCUCCACGUCCCUCUCUAGCACAAUUCUGCUACCAGAUCAGCUUCAAGACUUCUCCUGAGUGGUGGUGGGAAGUGCAACAAACAGUUUACAUUGGAGGACACCAGAGCAUGGACAAACCCCUUUUGCCUGGACCAGAAGACAUUGUGAUGGCCACCCCUCCUAGUUCGUUCACCCAGGAGCCUCUAAGUCCCCCCAGGCCCAACCACUCCCUCAAGCCCAACCAGGUCGGACAGGUGGUGCUGUACGGAGUGCCCAUCGUGUCCCUGGUCAUCGACAACCAGGAACGCCUGUGUCUGGCGCAGAUCUCCAACACGCUGCUCAAGAACUACAGCUACAAUGAGAUCCACAACCGACGCGUGGCCCUGGGCAUCACCUGUGUGCAGUGCACACCUGUGCAGCUGGAGAUCCUGCGCCGGGCGGGCGCCAUGCCCAUCUCCUCGCGCCGCUGCGGCAUGAUCACCAAGCGCGAGGCCGAGCGCCUCUGCAAGUCCUUCCUGGGCGAGAACGCGCCGCCCAAGCUCCCCGACAACUUUGCGUUCGACGUGACGCACGAGUGCGCGUGGGGUUGCCGCGGCAGCUUCAUCCCGGCACGCUACAACAGCUCGCGCGCCAAGUGCAUCAAGUGCUCCUACUGCAACAUGUACUUCUCGCCCAACAAGUUCAUCUUCCACUCACACCGCAUGCCCGAGGCCAAGUACACGCAGCCAGACGCCGCCAACUUCAACUCGUGGCGUCGCCACCUGCGGCUGACCGACAAGACCCCAGCGGACGAGAUGGUGUUCGCCUGGGAGGACGUCAAGGCCAUGUUCAACGGCGGCAGCCGCAAGCGGGCACUGCCCUCCAGCCACUGCGCGCCGAUGGGCUCCGUCAAGUCCAUGGGCUCCGUGCUGCCCCACAUGAUCUCGCCGGACCUCGGGCCGAAGCGCGGGCGCUUUGAGGAGGAUGAGGACCUGGACGCCAGCAGCCUGUCGCCCCACAAGAGUGCCCGCAGCUACCCGGUCAUCCCGGUGCCCAGCAAGGGCUUCGGCAUGCUGCAGAAGUUCCCCACCACCUCACUCUUUCCCAGCCCUUACCCCUUCCCGGCCUUCGGCCUUUGCCAACAGAAGAAGGACGAGGGCGAGGCCGCCAGCGGUCAGAAGAACGCUGGACUCUCCGGCCUGCUCUGGCCCACCCGUAAAGACGCAUUCUAUCCGCCCUUCUGCAUGUUCUGGCCACCGAGGGCCGCUGGGGGCAUACCGGUGCCCACAUACCUCCAACCACAGCCCAACGCGUUGACCUCUCUGACCGACAGCCCCUCGCUCAGACAGGCCUUCCUCGACCUCUCCGAGCAGGGCGAGGCAGCGGCCGGAGGGUUGGGUGGUGCGCCGCGGUCGGGGCUGUUUGACGCUGACUGCCCAUCGGUUGGUGCGACCCCUGACCUGCGUCCGUCGUCUGAGGGCUGGCUCAAGCUGCUGGACGCUCCGUCUCUGCAGGCGCGGAAGGCCAGCUACCACUCCGCCUUCCGGCCUGUCGUUAAGGACGCCGAGAGCAUCGCCAAGCUCCACGGCAACCUGGAGGAGUUCGAGGGCGCAGGGGUGGGCUCGUCGGACAGACCCCACCUGUCCCCCGGCACCAGCUGCAGCUACCAGAGUGGAGAUAGCGGCGAGAGUGAUGAAGAGCAGGAAGUGGACGUGGAGACCAAGCAGGACGAGGAGCAGGAAGACUUCACCCUCCGGCCGCAAUCCCAGCAUCCCCAGCAGCCGCCGCAGCCCCAGUCCCAGCAGCCCUUGCACCUGCGCGGCCUCCCCGACAGCGCGGGCGAGAGGCGGAAAGAGCCGGAACACUUCCCCACCGUCGUCGCCCCCGACAAUGCCAACGACAAGCCAGGCCUGCCUGCUGUCAGUCCGCCUGCCACUCUCAAGGUCCCCAGCCCCAUCCACACAUCCACUCCGCUGGAGGACAUGCCGUACAAAAAUGUAAAUAAAGAGCCGGAGGAUGGACUGCCCGCUUACGCAACCAAAGAAAGCACCAACCAUUCAGACGAAAACAAAGAACAGACAAAUUUCUUUGGGUCUGAGACAGAGUCCUCUGGACAAGAAUACUGGCGGGAGGCUCCAGAAGAGCAAAAUCAGGAUUCACAUUCCCCAGUGGUGUCACUCAAAAAGGAUGUGGAGAACAUGGAAAAAGAGGAGCUGCAGAAGGUUCUCCUCGAGCAGAUUGAUUUGCGGAGAAGACUGGAGCAAGAAUUCCAUGCGCUGAAAGGCAGUUCCCCGUUCCCAGUUUUCCAUAAUUUCCAGGACCAAAUGAAGAGGGAGCUGGCUUACCGGGAGGAGAUGGUGCAACAGCUUCAGAUGAUCCCCUAUGCAAACAUACUCAGAAAAGAAAAAGUCGGAACACAUCUCAGCAAGAGUUAAAUGGUGGUUGGGACAGCUGGCGUGUCACCGAGCAGCCCAUUCUCUGGAAAUCUCUCUCAAACUGGGAAUGACAAAAAAGCCUUUGAGCUAUCUGUGAGCACUCCCACAAUGCAACAGAAGUGACCUCAUCAUUCUUUCCCCAGGACGGUCUUGGAAUGGUUGAAAAGGCAAAGAGAGGAAUAAGCGGCUCUACACGAAAAAAGCUAAACCUUCCUCAAGCAAUGCUUCGGUUUGUGUGUGUGUGUGUGUGUGUGUGAGAGAGAGAGAGAGAGAGAGAGAGAGAGAGAUCAACUGUGUAUAU